AUGGCACGGGCUUCUACGUCAACAUCCCCCACCAGGCCAGCAGGAACCGUGAUGUCCAUGUCAUCCUCACGGCGGGCCACAACCUCGUCGACUCCAGGGGCAAGAUGUCGCAGAACCUGCAGAUCCUCCAGCCAGCUGGUCGAGGGCCGCCGAUCUCCCAAGGCCAAGGCCUGCAGUUGUUCGUCUCGGAGUCUUAUCGAAGCAACCCCAGCCAAGCCAACGCGGCGAAUGACUACGGAGCGAUCCUCGUCCCCAGGGGCAGUAUUGCUGGCUCCCCCCCGCGCCUUCGGCUUCGGCUUCGCUCUCAAGCUCGGUCACGAUAAUCUCCGGGGCGACGAUCUAGAUGUCAGCGGCUACCGGGUGGACUCGACGCCGGGGCAGCCGGAAACGAGCGCAGGACGCUGCAUCGGCUGCCAUGCGGACCAACUCGAAUACAAUGUCCUGACACAGCAGGGGCUGAGCGGGUCGCCCGUGUUUAUGCCCUACAAGGGGCACGAAACUGCCGUGGCUAUCCACAACAACGGCCCCAAACGCCGCGGUCGAGGAAGCAGAGGAACCCGGCUCAACGAGACCGUUCUCGGGGAGAUCUUCCGCUGGGUCGGGGUGGGAUACGCGCAGAAAUCGCUCAAGGUCUUCAACCCCCAAGCACCGCCGGAGGGCUUAUAUCUCCGGUUCCCCCCAGACCAGGAGUAUGCCUGGGUGCGGCUGGGGGCCGCCGGGCUGGAGACGAGUUUCGACAUCCUGCCCGCGUAUGCGCCGCCCACGUCGGCGGAUUCGACCAGUCCUCCUCCUCCUUUGUACGUUUUCCGGUUCAGACCGCCGCCGGGAUGGCCCGGUGACAAGAAGAAGAAGCGAUGGGUGCUGUGGGAUGUCGUCAGGCAGGGCGUGACGUUGACUGAUACCCUGCAAGACUUUUGCUUUCCGCAGAUCAUACCGGAUAAGAACCCGGACAUGUUUAGGAUUGUCCUGGACAACAAGCAAGGAGGGCCCCUGGGCCAGCUUGUCGAAUUGCGGAUGCAGGCCACCAAGAUCACACCGCAGGAUAUCAAGCUGGGAGCUGUGGACACGCCGGAGGUCUCGUUUGGGAAGUAUCUCAGGGGGAAGAAGGAAAAGUACUGGAAUACAAGUCAUGACAACAUCGAUUCCUUGCUCCUUCCUGUAAAAUCCUGCCAGUUCGUCUUUGCUCGACCUUCAAGCUCUCUCCGCGGCUUGAAUAGCUGGCGGCAACGCUUCCUCUUCUUCCCCCUUCACCUGUCUAUCAUGAAGUCUCCGUCUCACCACCUUGCGAACCAAGGGUACGUUGUCCUGAAAGAGCCGAACGCAAGAGGAGACACCCCCAAUCACCCCGUCAACCGCGGCGGCAAUGAACCCGAAGAACCGCCCUGCCCAGUGCGGCGCAACCCGGCGCCCCGCGACAAAGGCGCUGUCGAUCAGGAUAAUGACCCCCGUCACCAAGGGGAUCAGCUGGCCGGGGGCCUGCAAGUCGGAUGUCGGGGACAGAUGAUUCCACCGCACGGUGAGCUCGACUGCCACAACCUCCAAAACCCAGAUCAGCCAGCGCAGGAGCCGGAUCGUGGUCCCAAGGUCGUCCCAGCGGAUGAUCUCGCCGAUCUGCUCUUCCUCUUGCUGACUGGUCUCCUUACGGGCCUCCUUGUAACAGUUCCAGGCAAUGGUGGUGACACGGGCGCCCUUGUAGGCGAACGAGAGCGAGGUGAGGGCGUCGAUGAUGCAGUACACGAGGGCCAGAUAGCGGAACCAGCCGUGGAGGGACACCUUCGCGAAGAAGAACAUCACGCCGGGCGUCUGCAGGGCCGGCAGCGUGUCGACCAGGCGGGCAAAAGUCCAGACCAGGGCGGCGCACGUCGCCAGCUCGGGGAGCAGCAGGGCGAUCAGGCCGAUGGUCUCGCCGACGAUGGUCCGGGGGUUCAGAAGGGUCAUCUUGGCCGGGAAGGACACGCUCAUGAGGACGAGCAGGACGAUGACCGCUUCGCUCGGACUGAAGACUGCUCGCGCCGCGAAAACAUACCACGACGCCAGGAUAGAGAGCGUGAUGCUGCCCGAGGCCACCUUGAGGCCCUUGCCGUAGUCUUCUUUGUCGCCGUAGUUGUAGAGGAUCAUGCCCAGCGCCUGCAGAUAGACGCCGACGCGCACCCCGAGGCCGUACAGGUCUUGCGCGGCGUCUGGAUUGCCUGGCUGCUCCAUUACGAACUGGCAGGGGAUCGUAAUCGAAGAUCGAAGAUCAUCCAGCUGCUUCUCGCGUACAACGCGGAUCCGUCAACACCCUCCGCGGACGAUGACGACUCGACGCCGCUGCUCAACGCGGUCAAGACGUACCAGGACCCGGCCGUGAUCAGCGCACUGGUCGACGCCGGCGCAUCGCCCACCGCCGCGAACCGCAAAGGGAAGACGGCGGAGGGAGUGGCGACGAAGAGGAAAGACCGCGCUCGCAUGCGUGCCCUGCUGCCCCGGGCGCAGAGGGCCAGCAAGCGACUGCCUGUCAUUCUCAUGCUCACCGGCUUCGUGCUGUUCGUCGUCGCGUGGGCCAACAAGAACGUCAAGGUUGCCGUCGCCGGCGGGGCCUUUGUCGCAGCGGCAGCUAUCGAGAAGCGAUUCAAACUGAGCGGCGUGUUUGACUCGAGAAUUCCAAAGAGACUGGCACGCCCCCAGCCGGUAGCUCAAUUCAAGAAGGACAUCAACGACUACAUCGAGGAGACCAAGCUGAAUCGAUUCUUCCCCCCCGGGCAACCAAUUCCUGGAGACGACGACAGCUCAUCAAUGAGAAGAGACCAGCGCGGCGAGCACCAGAAAGAGCUCGUCAAACGCAUCACCAGCAUCACCACACGGGUGGUAUCGGACGGCGAAGGCAUCGAGCUGCGCUUCAUCAACCGGGCGACGGAGCCGAUCUUCUCCAAGCCCAGCGUGGACAUCAUCGACAACAUCAUGUCCGGCCUGCCCCUGGACGGAGCGACGGAUAUCGGGACGCACCUGCGACGCAAAGUCCUGAGUGAGGUCGUAUACCGCCCGCUCGAAACCAACACGUUCACGCGGCCAGUCCUCUUGUCCAUCACGACCGACGGCCGACCCGAGCCCGAGAAGGAGACUGUGCUGAAGGACGCCAUUCUCGAAUGUGGGAAGAUCCUGCGGAAGCAUGGAUACGAUCCGGAGGUCGUCCGCUUCCAGAUCAGCCAAAUCAGGACCGAUGAAAAAGCAGAGAGCUUCCUAGAAAGCCUCGAUUCGGAUCCGGAACUCAAGGACGUCCUGUACUGCACGUCUGGUAUUAAUAUUACUCCACUCAUGGCUUCAACAAGGAGGGAAGCUAAUGAUGAUACAGAACGGUUGGAUGAGAAAUUCAAAACGCUGAGGGACAAUGACUCGCGACUGGAGCAGUGGCUUCUUGAGCUGCUGAUGGGGCCUAUUACCAAUGCGGACCAGGCUUGA